GGUCGCUUAACCAGACAUAUUAGAUAUCUUGUGGAUAAUAUAUGUUAUAAACAUAUGUAGAAUUUGCUGUUCCCUAGGUAACAAUACUACCGCACAAUUAUGGGGCAGGAGGAAAUAGAGCGUGGCAACUGGACAGGACAACUGGACUUUAUUUUGUCCUGUAUUGGUUAUGCCGUGGGUUUGGGAAACGUUUGGAGAUUCCCAUACCUUUGCUACAGAAAUGGAGGAGGCGCCUUUUUGAUUCCUUAUGCAAUCAUGUUGGUCAUCGCUGGAAUUCCACUGUUCUUUUUGGAACUUUCUUUCGGCCAAUUCGCCUCUGAAGGUCCCGUCACAGUAUGGAAAGUCAGUCCAUUUUUCAUGGGUAUUGGCUGGGCCAUGUGUCUGAUUAGUGCUAUGGUCAGCAUUUACUACAACGUCAUCAUCAUGUACGCAAUCUACUAUAUGUUUGUGUCCUUUGUCAGCAUAGACACAGUGUUACCAUGGCAAUCCUGCAACAACACAUGGAAUACAGACGAUUGCAGACUUAAGCCAUAUCCAAAAUUAUCCGAGAUGGACGAAGGCAACAAAACAGCAAGCCUUCUAACACUAAAUUUUCACGACUGUCUGAACAAUACUGUGGGAGACGUAAAUAGUUUCUAUGGUACAAACUUUGCGAAUUACUCAGGAUUCAACUCCACAAUCCUACAAUCCAACUUCACAGAAGCAUGUAAAAGAAAAUUUAGAACAGCUAGUGAGGAGUUCUGGACAAGACAAGUGCUUCAGCUGCAAGAUGCACCUGAAGGUUUGGAUGACAUUGGAGAUGUCAGCAUUAGAAAUCUUAUCUGUUUACUGUUUGCAUGGGUUUUCAUUUUCUUCUGCCUAAUGAAAGGAGUAAAAUCAUCUGGCAAAGUUGUAUACUUUACUGCCACUUUCCCAUAUGUUGUAUUAAUUAUUCUCCUGAUCAGAGGUGUGACUUUGGAUGGUUAUUAUGACGGCAUACUCUUCUAUAUCAUUCCAAAAUGGGAGGAAAUUAGCAAGCCAAAGGUAUGGGGAGAUGCAGCAACUCAGAUUUUCUAUUCUUUGGGUGUAGCCUUUGGAGGCUUGCUGACUAUGGCCAGUUACAACAAAUUCAAAAAUAAUACUUUAAGAGAUUCCCUGAUUGUGUCCUUAAUCAAUUGCUGUACCAGUGUAUUUGCUGGCUUUGCCAUAUUCUCAUUGCUGGGCCACAUGGCUUACAUCACAAACAGGAAAGUUGAAGAUGUAGCAGAUUCAGGACCUGGUCUUGCCUUUGUUGCUUAUCCUGAGGGAAUUGCCAAAUUAGCAGACCCAUGGCCACCAAUUGUUGCAUUCCUCUUCUUUUUCAUGAUUUUCACCCUUGGACUUGACAGUCAGUUUGCAAUGAUGGAGACAGUCAUUAGUGGGUUUGCAGAUGUCUUUCCUCGGGUCCUCAGGAGACAUAAGACUCUCUUUACUUUUGCAGCAUGUAUGAUUGGAUUUGUAUUGGGAAUUCCCCAAGUCUGUAAGGGAGGAAUUUAUGUAUUGACGUUAAUGGAUUGGUACUCGGGAAGCUACAACCUGAUGAUAGUCAGCUUGUGUGAAUUGGUAGCCAUAUGCUAUGUAUAUGGUGUAAACAACUUCAGGAAAGAUAUAGAAAUGAUGUUGGGUGGAUUCCCCAAAGUUUUCUGGGUAUACUGGUUUGUGACUUGGUGCUUCAUCACACCUGUCGCAAUUAUCUUUAUUGUGAUUAUGUCUGGAAUUACAUAUGCUCCUGCAUACUACUCCAAAUACGAAGGCAAAUACAUUUUCCCAUCAUUUGCUGAGGGUCUUGGUUGGCUUAUGGUAGUAUCACCAUUGGCACUGAUAUUGGGAGGAAUGAUUGUCCAGAGUAUCCGAUAUGGUGGAAUUCUAAAUGCUUUAAAACCUCAGGAAGACUGGGGACCUGCUUUGGAUGAAGACAGAGUUGGCAGAUACUCUCCACGACAUGCUGCAGAAUUUGGCAAGGAUGGACCAGGGCCUCAAGGGGCAACUAACAUGGGAUAUGUCUCUGAGAAAGGCAAACCUUACGUUGUUGAGAGUGAAAAAAAUGGUUAUGAUCAAAGACUGUGAAAAAAAGACAAGAAAAUAUCAUUUAGUGAUUAUCUCAAUAUUUUAGAUACUUUACUUUUUUCCUCUUUAUAUUGCUUUUGUUUUCCCCCACCAUUUGUAUUAUAUUAUAUCCUUUAAGUGUUGUGAUAUUAUAUCUAUAAAAUAAGCUCAUUUCAGGGUUCUAGCUUUGUUCUAGAAUGAGGUGACACAAAGUCAAGUGACUCAAAAACUUCACAAACCAUCUUAUUACAAGUAAAACAUUUUUUUGCAUUCUAUAAUCAUAAUUAGUUCUAAGGCAUUAAAAUAACUGUGAUGGAUUUUUUAAAACCAUGCAAAACAUGGAAAUCCUAUUGACAUUUGCAUUAUUGCAACUUUGAUAAAAUCCUCCAAAUAUUUUUGAACAGAAGAAUGUUUAGUAUAGCAUGACAAAAAUGAUCUUCAAAACAUGAACUUCACCAAUCCAGGAAAAAGAUUUCUAAUGUGAUUGUUCUAUGUAAAUAAUUCUUCCGAGUGUGCAAUAUAUGUUGAUGACAAGAAGGGUAUAUAUUUAUAUAUGAAUAGAUGUUACUGCUCAUAUCUGCAAAUUAUACAUAUCAAUACAGAAAUGCUGAGUCUCUUUUCACCAUUUUUCAUCCUCUAAAUAUUUAGUACUACAGCAAUUGCAGUGUUCCAACACCUUACAACUGAGCAAUUCAGCAAAGGUGUUUAUAAAUAAACAGUUUUGCUUCUGGAACAGACGUCUAUAGAAAAUCUGUAGAAGAUGGGUAAUGACACGUAUCUCCUGGAAUACUACUUUGUCUAAAUGCUUUUAUUUUUUAUAAAUUCGAGAUGAUGAUAUUUUUUAUAUUAAAAGGUAUAUCAUAAAAAUUCCACUGAUUUCUCAGUGUUUAAUAUUCAGGUUUUAAAUAUCUAUAACAUUGUAGUUGUAACUUAACUGAGGUUGCUCAAGUCUUAAAAGUAAGUUGUCUUAACCAGUUGAAUUAUAUGUAGCUAUGAUAUAUAUAUAUUUUUAUAUAUACCUUUUUAAAAUUGUUUUGAAUAUUAUAUAUUGUAAAACUUAUCUCUCUAUAUCAUAACUUUUUAUAUAAAACACUUUUAAUAAAAUAAAUACUUAAAAGAAA